CAGUGGGGUGGCGUCGCUCUUGCCGCGAGCACGACACAGUCAGUCAGUCAUAGUGAAGUUAUCGUUCGCCGAGGCAAGACCGAGUGAAUUUUUGCGCGUGCUCGUCAGUCCGGUUUCCUCCGGUUCGACCCAUAUUCUGAUGGGUUUAGGGAUAGACAGCUGUUUCUCUUUUCUGCUAGACUGCGUAUCAAUCACCCGUACCAAUAGCCGCCAUUUCACCACACAAUGAACCGGGACAAAGAAUACAACAAGAACAAACCGGAAAACCCGAUUCGUAAUGCGUCCUUCCUGUCGCGACAGACCUUCUGGUGGUUGAAGGAAAUUUUCCGGGCCGGUUUGCGGAACGAGAUCACGGAAGAUCUACUGUAUGCUACACUGCCCGAGCAUAAAAGUGGCCGCCUGACGAUCAAAUUCGAGCGACUGUGGGCCGAGGAGCUUCAGCGGCAGCAACCUAGCCUGUUGCGGACGUUUUUCCGAGCGUACGGGAAGGCUACGCUGUUCUGGGGACUGCUGUUCUCUGUGCUUGAAACGGCCAAUCGGGUGGCUCAAGUGUUGUUCCUCGGGGCGUUGGUAUCGUACUUUUCGCCCGGUCAAACGGACAUCAGUGAACGCCAUGCCUACUACUACGCUGCGGGAGUGAUUUUCUGCUCGCUUGUUCCUGUAAUUACAUUCCAUCCAUUUAUUCUGUACAUUUUCGAGAUCGGUAUGAAGCUUCGCAUCGGUGCCUCCUGCCUGAUCUACAGCAAGUCAAUGAAGCUAACGAAAUCGGCAGCCAAUACCGACGGGCUAAGUGGAAAAAUCAUCAAUCUCCUAUCCAAUGAUGUGGGCCGAUUCGAUAUUGCUCUCUGCUUCGUUCACGAUCUUUGGAAAGGACCCGCCGAAUGUUUUCUGCUGGGAUACUUCAUCUAUCUGGAGGUGGGAUAUUCCGGCUUGCUCGGGAUGGCAUUCCUGCUCAGUUUUAUUCCACUGCAAGCCUGGAUCGGUAAAAAGGCCGCCACCUACAGGAUGAAGGCAGCCAAACGAACGGACAGCCGGGUGCGCUUCAUGAAUGAAAUCAUCCAGGGUAUUCAGGUGAUUAAGAUGUACACCUGGGAAAGCUCAUUCGCUAAGAUGGUGAAGCAGAUUCGGCGCAAAGAAAUCAACGCCAUCCGGGGUGGAGCCUACGUACGAGCUACGCUGACCUCGUUCUUUGUGAUAUCACGAGUUUCGAUCUUCCUUAGCUUGCUAUCUUACACGUACACGGGAAAUCUAAUCACUGCUCGGAAGGUGUUCAUCGUGUCCAGGUUCUACACUAUCUUGAAUGAUUCGAUGGUGCAUUUUUGGCCGAUGGCAAUUACUUUCUGUGCGGAAGGAUACAUUUCGGUGAAACGAACGCAGGAUUUCCUGCUGACGAUGGAGGGAAAGGCGAAAACCAAAGCGACAGAAAUUGCCCAGAAAAUUACGGCUAAUAGUAGUGUUUUGAUUGAGAAUGAAGAGAAGAAGUCUGCGGCGAAUAAUGGAAUGGUUGAGCACAGUGAGGAAGCAGAACGGUUACUCAUAGCGAGGAGGGUUGUGAAUUUCAAUAGCGAGAAGAAAGGGAUUGUAAUGGAAGACGUUACGGCUAGAUGGUUUAUGAGUGAAGAAGAGUCAAACGUUGGCGUGACUUCGGUGACUACUACGAUCGAAGCAGGCCGGCUAUGCGUAGUGAUUGGACCGGUUGGUUCAGGAAAGACCACUCUUCUACAAGUUAUGUUAGGAGAGUUGGAGGUAGAUGAGGGAUUGGUACAGAUAAAUGGAACGAUAAGUUAUGCAGCACAGGAACCGUGGCUGUUUGGAGAUAGCAUACGGAACAAUAUUCUGUUUGUUGAAGAGUACGACGAACAAAGGUACUUAACAGUGAUCAAGAUAUGUGCAUUGGAGCGAGACUUUGAGAUGUUACCGCAUGGAGAUCAAACGAUCGUCGGAGAACGUGGCAUUAGUCUCAGUGGAGGACAGAAGGCAAGAGUCAGUCUGGCACGGGCUGUCUACAAAAAGAGCGACAUCUACCUCCUGGACGAUCCACUAUCGGCUGUUGACACUCAUGUUGGCAAACACAUAUUCGAAAUGUGCAUCCGCGAUUUUCUAGCCGAUAAAGUUUGCGUGUUGGUGACGCAUCAGUUGCAGUAUUUAAAGGACGUACAACACGUUUUGUUAAUGGAAGCAGGAUCGGUAGAGACACAGGGAACGUUCCGAGAGUUGAAAAGGACACGGCUCGAUUCAAUCACGUCGCUGAGUUCGGAGGACUCUUCGACGGAGAAUAAAUUUGAGGAAGACUUCAAAAAAGUGACAGCUCACAGCGAAAGCAUGGUUCUGGAUGAUGAAAAGCAAGAGGAAGAGAAAGAAUCUCAAGGACAGGGUACAGUGAAGCUGUCAGUGUACAAAACCUACAUCACAGCGAUCGACAGCUACUUGUGGAUAUUUUUCAUUGCAUUGUUUAUAAUCCUAGCACAAUUCGCUACGAGUGGUGUUGACUACUUCGUAGCUGAGUGGGUUAACUGGGAAGAAUCGUUGGGUGCCAGCACAGUCUCGUUUAAGAAUAAUCAAUCCAUUGGGGAUCUACUAGAUACCAACGAAGCACUAGACACGGAAGCGACGGGAAAUCACAACGAUGAAAGAUGGGAGUACAUUCACACUUACGCCAUUCUACUUGGUCUGUUUGUUUAUCUGAUUGUCCAGCGCACCUUCUCAUUCUAUCACGCGUGCUUACGAAUCUCAAUGAAAUUUCACGAUCGAAUGUUCCGUGGCUUAACCCGAGCAACAAUGCGGUUCUUUAAUACUAACCCUUCGGGGCGAAUUUUAAACCGCUUUUCCAAGGAUAUUGGAUCAAUCGACACCUCCCUACCAUUAUCUCUAUUCGAAUGUUGUGUGUUCAUACUGGACAUGAUUACCGUAGUAUCACUAGUGUCGAUCGUCAAUUACUGGUUCCUUCUACCGACGGUUAUAGCUGCCAUCGUCAUGUACUACUUCCGCCGGAUUUACCUCACCAGUUCGCGGGUUGUCAAACGCAUCGAAUCGGUCAAUCGAUCGCCACUCUUCUCCCAGACGAACGCAACACUCCAGGGCCUGUCGACGAUUCGUGCCUUUCAGGCGCAGGACACGCUGGUCCGAGAAUUCAACGAACAAAUGGAUGCUAACACGUCCGCCUGGUACAUUUUCAUUACCACAACGAGGGCGUUUGCUUUCUGGUUGGACUUUCUGUGUGUGAUCUACAUAGCGGUUAUCACCUUAACCUUCGUCGUGUGGGGACAGAACGUACUUGGAGGAAGCGUUGGUUUAGCGAUUACCCAAACUAUGGGCCUGAUAGGAAUGUGCCAGUGGGGUUUUCGACAAUCGGCCGAGCUUGAAAAUCAAAUGGUCUCAGUGGAGAGAGCGGUCGAGUAUACGAACUUAAAAUCAGAGCCGCCGCUGGAAUCAGCACAUAAGUACAGACCGCAAAGGAAUUGGCCCGAGGACGGUAUGGUGAAGUUUGUGAAUGUGGAGCUAAGCUACUCGGAAGACGGGGAAAAGGUUUUGAAGGAUUUGAACUUUUCCAUUCAGCCUAAUGAGAAGAUUGGGAUAGUCGGUCGGACAGGAGCUGGCAAGUCUUCACUCAUUCAGGCAUUGUUCCGACUAGCUCCCUAUGAAGGAGUGAUCGAGAUCGAUGGUAUUGAUACGAAGACACUUGGGUUGAAGGAUCUGAGAAGCAAGAUAUCGAUCAUUCCGCAGGAUCCGAUUUUGUUUUCCGGGACUCUACGAAGUAAUUUGGAUCCGUGCGAGGAGAAGACCGACGAAGAACUGUGGAAUGCUUUGGAUCAGGUGGAAUUGAAAGAGGCUGUUUCCUCUCUGGCUGGCGGAUUGGAAUGUAAGAUGUCCGACGGUGGCAGCAACUUCAGCAUGGGCCAACGACAGCUGGUUUGUCUAGCUAGAGCCAUACUUAGGAAGAACAAAAUUCUAGUUUUAGAUGAAGCUACCGCCAACGUUGACCCGGAGACGGAUAAACUAAUUCAAACUACGAUUCGCACACAAUUCGCCGACUGCACAGUAUUAACCAUCGCUCACCGGCUGCACACGGUCAUGGAUAGUGACAGGGUGCUGGUGAUGGAUGCCGGUCGAGUGGUAGAAUUUGGACACCCUCAUAAGUUAAUGCACGGAGCAACCGGCUAUCUGCGAAGGCUGGUAGAGCAAACCGGAGUGGCAACGGCCGCUUCGUUGAUACGGAUUGCCGACGAGAGCCAUAAAAUUAAAAUCAAAAUGUAGUGGCGAAGUAGAAGCGUACCCUGACACCACUUAAAAACAGGAACUGCCUCAAUCAACUAGAAAACUUAAGGGACUAAAGUGCUUACAAACUUUUUUUACGAAAUUUAGCUGCUAGCUUUUACAACCUAGACCACAAUUUUAUACUGUUAGAGAAGAGAUAAAUAAUUAGUACAAAAAUGGCGUCGUUUCUAAUGUCACAGCCUUUACCGCAG